AUGUUAUCUGAACGCCUCUUCGUGAUUGUCGUGGCUUUUCUGCUCCCCCUUUGUACACCAACGGAAAUCGAAGCCCCCAACACUAUCGAGUAUUUCUGUUAUGAUUCCGAAUGUUCUGCGCCAUUGUAUGUCGGCACGGUUAUUCACAACAUCGACGAGCUUUCACUUACUCAAGGUUCCAAGGUUGAAGUAUACGGACGUUCAAUUGUGGGUAACAAGUACCUCGUCAAGGUUGGGGAUAAAUUUUACAACGUGCAUAAUAAUCUCAUUUACGUGAGGGAUCUCAAUGAGCCUCGGGCACGAGAAACCGUAAAGAUGCCUGACCUAGUUGACGACAGGGGGAUUUCUCGGGCGGAUAUUCAGCUUGCCGUCUCUACCAAAUCCGAACCUGUAGUUCAAGUAAAGUAUGACUUGAGUACUGCAAACACGAAAUUCCCAGCGAAUAAAAAUAAUGAACGGCAAUUAGAGUCCGAUGAACAGACAUCGCCUGAUCCGCAUUCACCAGUCCCACCACCUGCUACCGUAGAGCGUGUCGUGACGGAGUCCGUGAAAGAAAACCAGACGACAACGGUCGAACCCACGGCGUCAGUAGUGCCACAGAUGGCGCACAUGAACGCCCAAAAUUCACCCCAAAUAAUGUCGGCGAACAGCUUUUCAAGUGGGCAAGCGACAGCGUCCGUGACCCUCAGAGAAUCAUCAAAAAGCAAGUCGCCUGAUCAUUUUGUAAACCCAACUCAAAUCUUGAACAAUGUUUCGGUGCCAUCAAACGCUUCAGUUACUCAAGAGUCCACCAUUUCGGAUUCAUCCGUAUCACUAGCUGGUGUUUCUGAACAUCGUUUAAAUUCUCCGUCGGUUGACAAAAAACCACAGUCACUUGAUCAGGAAGCUCCUUCGGUUCCAGCUAAACAAUUACAGCCUUCUCUCAAGUCAGAGCCUUCAACCAGUGAUAUAGGUACCUCGGAGCAGCCUACAUCUAAUGAACCAGUAGAUCAACAAGCUUCUAAUUUACCAGAUCGUAAACCCGAAGCCCCUACAACGGAGCUCAAGCGCAAACAGCAGAAUUCUUCGUCAACACUAUUGCCACAGGAUGCUAGUCAACGACAACCUGCAAAUCUAACAGCUCAAUCAAAUUCUGACCCUGUGGUUCCGUCGGACUCGGGAGUCAGCGAACAACCUGACCUUUUUCCUAGUGGUCAUAUUAAGUCAUCUCAAGAAACGGGGACAACCGAAUCGGAAGCCUUUGCGCAUUCGCCCCAACAACAAACACGCCAUCCAGAUCCUGAAAUUGCCGACCUAACUACUCAAAUUUCGCCUUCUUCUUCUUCGUCGCCCAAACCAAAUGAGCCGAGCACUCCGACGCGAUCUCCUGUUUUACUUACAGACUCGUCAUCGGAACACAUAUCUAAUUUUGAUGAUAAUUCCAAAUCUGAAUCAGUGUCUGAGUCCCCGCGGCAUGAACUAUCGCCAGCAGUUCUUGAACAGGAAAAAAGCCACGCUGGUCAACAGCCGCCGCCACCACCGAAAGACAUAAUAAAUGAAUCCGCUUUCUUCCACUGUUUAUCCUAUGCUUCUGGUGGCGUUCUUCCCGUUAGUGAUGAGCGACUGGUCUCCGAGAAGUCUUUUUUGGCUGGCUUGAUUUUAUUUUUCGGUCAGCAUUACUUCAACCUCGCACAGGCGCUCCUAACACAGCUUCCGAUCGCAUUCGUUUCUUCUCUCGAUACCUUCCUGACGCUUACCUUCCAAAUGCCACUGGUGUUCUUAACUGCGUGGGUGCUGUGCGUUUUCUCGGUCCUCGUAGCCUGUAUACUGGCGAAACUGCUCAACCGGUGUGUGUAUGGUACCACGAAGAAUCCCUCCAACUGCGUUGCCAGCCGCUCCCUGGCCGAUUGGAUGGCGAUCGAGGAGAACGCCAACCUCCUGGCAUCGAGUCUUGCUGAAAAGGAAGAGGCGUAUGCUCGGCUGAUUGUUUGGUCGACAAAAGUUAACGAACGCUAUGAAAACCAAACUCGCACCUAUUCCAACUCGACCGCGCGGAUUCAAACGCAGUUGCGUGAGGCCAAAGCUGCUUUGGCAGAAAGUCAUCGCGAAAACCGGGAACUGAAGGACACUCACGACGAAUUGGUGCAGCAGCUCGCCAAAAUUAAGCAAGAAGGCUCCGCGUCUGCUGCUCAGUUGUCAAAGGAAAUUGCGUCGUUAGCAUCUCAACUUGAAACACGUGCUCGCCAAUACGAAGAGUCUAUUAGUGAGAAGGAAAAAAGCACAUCGGAAGUGGUCAGUGCUAUGCGAAAGGAAAAAGAAGCCUUACUAGAGCAAACUAAGAAUUACCAGCUGCAGUUGGCGGACGUUGAAAAAGCCAUGAUUAAAUUGACCGAAUCGAAUAGCCGGUUUGAAGCGGAGCUGGCAUCACGUGACCGCGAACUUGGUGGCCUCCGAGAAGUCUUCAUUCGUCUCAAAAGUGCGGAACUAAAAAGAAGGAAGAAGAACGAUGAGGGGACUUUAAAAACCACUGACAGAGUGAGCCGUGAAGAUAAUUCCCCUACUACAGAUGGAUGGGAGGUAGAAGAUGAGGUCGAUUUCGAUGAAAUCGCUGGUAGUACUGAAGAAACUGAGAACAGGAGUGAUGAGGAAGCGGAGCUUCAAUCUUCACUGAAAGACUUUUUUGAUGCUGGGCGCCUCAGAGCAGCUUUAAAUGAGUCUGAGAAAAAACUCCGUAUGGAGUCAACUCGAUGUGAGCAAGAGGCGGAGCUUCGUGUUCAGCUACAGAGUGAAUUAGCUAGAUUUAAGUGUGAAAAUGCAGACCUAUCGCAGAAGCUAGAAGCAUUGACAGAAGACUAUAAUACCUCCAAGAAGAAGCUCGAAAUUAUCUUGGAGCACGAGGGUCUGCUGCAGAAAAACCUGGAUCGACAUGCUCUGUCAGAGUCGGAGACAAAGGAAGUGCUCACCUAUCUCCGCAGUAAACAGCGUGCUCACGACCUCGAAGUCGAACUUCUUCGUGAGCAGCUUACCUCAGCGCGUCGUGAGUUGUCGGGGUCUGAGAGUGCUAAUCGACGUCAAAUACGAGAAUUAGAAAACCGAGUUCAUGAAUACCGGCAUUCGGCCCGGGCAUUAGAGAAGUUGGUUGAGGAUUUGCGUGACGAGAAUGCCACAUUGCGGCAGAAGAUGUUCACCGGCGAUCGUGAUGCCCUGAACCGGCUCAUUUCACGUGGCCUUGGGAUCCCUCCCCCACCGCCACCACCACCACCGCUCCCUGCCACGCUAACUACGGCAAAGUCCCCGGUGGUGCGUUCGCUGUCCCGUCAGUCGGACACCGUCGUCGGUAAACAUCCGCCUGUUCCUCCCUUCCUCGCGUUUUCGCCUAUACCCUGUGGAGGUGGACUUGCCUCUCAAUUUGUUCCUCCUCCUCCACCGCCGCCCCCCCCUCCACCGCCUGGCACACACCCUCGGCCUCAGCCUGUCGGACCGCCUGACCGAACCAAACAAGCACAUUCUCGUGACUCUGCUUAG